CCUAACUAUCGAGGAUUAGCAGAAGACAACCGAAUGUUUGUUGAUAGUUCUCGAAGUUCACGUACAUGCCAUUCUAAGCGGCUUUGGGCACUGCAGGGCUAGCAGGUUACGGAAUGUGAUGGAUCAGCUGUGGGCCCCACACGUUGUGUGUAUUCCGCAGUUCCCCAGUGUUUCAAAUCGUAAGAAUACCGUUUAGGACGUGCUAGGUUAGUGGCGACGUUAGAGCAACUUGUUCGUAGGAGUAAUUACUAGUCCGCGGCAGAAGGGAACAAAACGUUCAGGUUUCAAGGGACUCCUUCGAAAUUAAUAUGUCGUGUUGAGAAAAGUUGAGUAUGUGUAGUACGAACUUCAGCACGUCAGAUCGGAAGCAGUAUUUUUUUACAGCAAAAUGCCAAAUUCGAAAACUGCAAUAAUAUUUCUUGUUUUCGCCCUUAUGUUGUCUGUAUUCGUUGCCAAUAUAUCAAACUUAAUUUCUGUGGGCGAAAAUGCCCGGGUUCCAGUCUCAUCAAGACGAAUGAACGACAUUGAACUAAACGCCGACCAAAGAACAAAUAAUGUAACGAUAGGAAAGUCAUCAGAACAUUUAAUAUGGUUCAUACAGAUCUCUGAUAUCCACAUUAGCAUUUUCCAUGAUGAAUCUCGUGUGACUGAACUAAAGGAAUUCUGUGACCUAACACUGAAUGCUAUUAAGCCUACCAUAGUCCUGGCGUCAGGUGACUUGACAGAUGCGAAGUCUGAAGAUAACAUGGGAUCUCGUCAAUACGUUCAAGAAUGGGAAUUGUACAAGGAUGUUUUGCAAGCAUGUAGAGUGACAGAGAAAACUGUGUGGCUUGACAUAAGAGGAAACCAUGAUAAUUUCAAUGUCCCAAGCUUGACAUCAAAACAGAACUAUUACCGUAAUUAUUCCAUACAGGGACAAGCACAUCCUAAGUCAUAUAUGUAUCAGAUAAAGAAAGGAGGUGAAACGUAUUCCUUCAUCGGAAUGGACGCUUGUUUGGAACCAGGGCCACGCCGCCCAUUUAACUUUGUCGGUGUGCUGUCUCAGGAAGAAAUGGACCAUGUUAAGAAACUAUCAGAUGAAGCAAAGAGAAAAGGAAGUAAUCACACCAUCUGGUUUGGACAUUACCCCACAUCAUGUAUCCUUACUACAGGCUCAGAUGGUGUUAGAGCUUUGAUUUCAAAAUAUCCUGAAUCAAUUGUGUAUGUAUGUGGACACUAUCACACUCUGGGGGGAAUGGUCCCCAGUAUGUACACACUCCAGCAAGCUGGUUUCCUGGAGCUGGAAUUGGGUGACUGGAAGGACAACCGGAUGUAUCGUCUUCUGGCAGUAGAUCAUGGAAUGUUUUCAUUUGUUGAUCUGAAGCACAGGGAAUGGCCUAUUGUUCUGGUGACCAAUCCUAAACAUGCUUUGUUCGCAAUACCCACUCGGGAACCUCUCCAUAUGAUCUCGCAUUCUACUCACAUCAGGAUUUUAGGCUUUUCUCUGUCACCUAUUGAGAGUGUUCAAGUGAAGGUGGAUGACAGUAUUUGGCAGAAUUGUACACAUAUUUUGGGCCCUUUAUAUGUGCAUCCCUGGAACCCCAACCUGUAUGCAAGGGGUAUUCAUGAAAUACAUGUUCUAAUAAAGGAUGAGGCGGGGCGAGAGAAACUCACCACACAGCCUUUCUCCUUGGAUGGUUCUCGAAUGAGUUUCCGACUACUUCCAAGACUUGCUCUUAUGUCAAACAUCAGUUUAGUGUUCCAAUGUCUCUUUGGCACGAUGCUCACGCUUUGUGUCUUGCCACUCUGUAUACUGAAGUAUCUUCAUAGACUGGUCAGAGCUCGUAAGCACUACAGGCCUAGAGUGUCUAUCUGCUUCUUCCAAAACUGGAUUCGCAAACUCUGGAUUUUAUCAACAGUUGACCGGGUGUUUUAUCCCUUGGUGCUGUAUGCACUGUACCUAACAGUAGGCCCGUGGUCCAUUGGGGAAGUGAUCGAAGGUCACACAGGGAUCAUAUUUGCUUGGGGAACUAUCGUCAAUGGUGCAUACCUUCCAGGAUCCUUUACCUACGCUUACGGUUUUUUGCAGAUGUGUACAUUUCAACUUCCAAUGACUUUGAUCCUCGCUCAAUGUGUGGAUAUGAGGUAUAGGUCCCACCUUAUGGGAAAAUGUUGUUCCCUCCUGGAUCGUCUAUGUCAACACCUGCCCUUUGUUGUUGUCCUCUUUCUGCAGAUGGCAUUUGCAUAUUUUUUCUGGCUUGCAUAUGGUACAAUGGCAUUUCUUCUUGGGCCACUGCGUACAUGGUCUGUGCUUCUUGGCAUAUUCCUGUGGCAUCAGGCCACUACCCUGCCAGAGAAAAGCAUGCAAGAUGCAGCAGCUGUGUGGGGGGACAAGCACAUAACAGCCUCACUUCCAGAAGGCGAAGUUCCAACUCUAAGCACAACUGUGACUUGAACUGAAAUACUUAAAUUCUGAGGUAAAGCAACAAGAAUAAUUUGAGGUUCUCACAAUGGUGACUAUGAAUAGUACUAUCUUCUGUGAUAUAAUAAUGUCAACUUUGGUAGAAGUACACCACUGUCUUCGAGGACACUACUGCCUCAAUUUUCAGCUUACCACCUUCUUCCUGGUUUCUUGUUUGGUUUACUCUUCAACCCUGAAGAUGGAAGCAGUACAGUCCUCCAAAGCAUAGGUGGACUUCUACCAGACUACAUGGUAGUACAUCCCAGAAGAUGGAACCUCUUCGACAACAAGAAUUUUUGAAAACGUGAGAUUUCAAAACACAUUCAUUGUUUUCAGCACUUCUCUCCAACAUGAUCACUCCUGAUAAAUUAUAUUGUGACAUGUAGACCUGUUGCUAGACGAGAAUCACGAAAUAAGCAGCUAAAAGCAGCCACUGCUAGG